AAGGAAAGUGUCAAAAGAGUCUUGAUUCAAGAGCAGUGUCAUCAAAAAGAGGGAAAUGAACUCCAGCAAGACGCCUCAUCAUUGGCUGAAAGUCCUUCGAAAAAAGGGAGGGGUCUGUAAAGUUCAAUCUCGGACAUCGACGUCAUGGACGGCGGCAGUGGCGGCGCUGAGCGCGCGCUGUUGGCGAGCGGCUUCUUGCUCUUCUCCUCGACCGUAGCUCUCUUCUGUCUGGAGCGCAAGCGGCACCGUCAGCGCGUGUGGCGUCAGCGUCUGACCUAUAAGAAGCUGUCGAAAUCGUAAUAAUUUUCAGGAUCAUUUUCUUGUCAUCCGUUUAAGAACCUCCCACUGAUGUAUUGCAAUUGCCACCGCAGAUCCGACCUGGGGGCGUCUUUCGGCUUGGACAUUGGUGCGUGAGGCAGUCGAAAAAAAAAUCCAUUGACAAGGUUCUGAUUCGGUUCUGGACUGUUGCUGCAGGUGGCACGUUGGCCAAGAUCGUGUACUUUGAACGUCACGAAGCUGGCAAUGACACGCGCAAGCGUCCGCGCUCGGCGUCGCUGGACGUGGCGGCGGGUGAAAUGAAUGAAUUCUUGCGCGAGCACCACUCGUUCGGUAGUACUGGAGUACAGGACGUGAGACUUCGGAUCCAUUCCAAAACGCUCAAUGGAAUCUUCCAUUUUGUGCGGUUCGAGAGCAACAAGACGCGAGAUGCCAUUGAAUUUAUCACGAGCAAUGGGAUCAAUCAGUCGUUGCGGAUCUUGCCCUGUACAGGUGGAGGAGCUCACAAGUAUGGUCCUGCGUUCAACGAGAUCGCUGGGAUUGAGUUGGAGAAGUACGACGAGAUUGACUGUACCAUUCUGGGACUGCAUCUGCUGCUCACGACACUACCUGACGAAGUGUACACUUUUGAGGUUGUGGAUUUCAACUCACUGGCGGCGUCGCGGGUGAAAACCAUCCGUGCUGAUACAGAGGAAAACGUCUACCCAUAUCUGCUUGUCAGUAUUGGUUCGGGAGUGAGUGUGCUGUAUGUAAAGGGGCCAGGAGAUUAUGAACGUGUGAGUGGUAGCAGUAUUGGAGGUGGCACUUAUUGGGGACUUUGCCGCCUCAUGACCAACUGCGACACAUACGACGAGGCCUUGGACUUGUGCGUCCAUGGCUCCAACAAGUCGGUGGAUAUGAGUGUAGGCGACAUCUACGGCGGAGCUUACGACAAAUUCAAACUGCCCGCCUCGACUGUCGCCAGCAGUUUUGGCAAAAUGAUCUCGGUAUCGCGAGAAAGUGUGAGCGACGCUGAUCUAGCUCGAUCGCUGCUGGUCAUGAUCACGCAGAACAUUGGCCAAGUUGCCUUUCUGAACGCGACACUGUACAAGACCAAGAACAUUUUCUUCGUCGGCAAUUUCCUACGGCACAACAAGAUUUCGUCUCGGACGCUGGCGUAUGCAAUUAAUUUCUGGUCGAAUGGGGCCAUGGAGGCGCGAUUCUGCAAACACGAAGGGUAUUUCGGGGCAUUAGGCGCAUUCUUGCGCCACGCUGAGGCAACCAAAGCUCACGGCGAAGAGUUUAUAUCGGCGGCAAGAAGAGCAUCACGGCAGUCGGCCUAGACUAUUCUUUCAGUAUAAGCGCUCCUGCCUGUAAGGCCAGGAAUAUGUUUCGUCACUGGGAGUCAAUUGUAUUCUUGCUUUUCGUGGCGUGCCAAUUAUCUCUCAAGUUCACUGGGAUCUGCUCAACCAUCACACAUUCUCGAUAUGCUUGAAGCUCGCAGCGCUGCUUUCAAGAUCUGCGUUUAGCCCCGCGGCUUCUGCAAUUCCGUUGGCGCUGGGUCCAGAUCGAAACCAAUCUAGGGCGUACUCUUUGUUCUUCUGGAAGCACAGGAAUGCCUCCACCAGGGCUGGAUUAUCAGCUAGCGCAGCCUCACGAGCAGGGCCUUCUGUACGCAACAGCACACUAUACACAUUGCGUCGGACAGUCUCACCACUUGAGGACGCAGCCGGCAGCGACAGCACCAUUUCAGCGUACGGCGCAAUAAGCGGGAAGCGCAACUGGUUGGUUUUCCACCAUGCCAACGGGUCGACGUUGCGUUCCGACACAGGAAGACUCAAAAAUGCGCUCAGCUCUUUCUCCCACGUCGCGACCAUUUCGUUCUCAGCCUGUAGAGAUGAUUUCGACGACUCAGAAGGCAGAUGAGAAAGCAGGUCAUCAUCUUCGUCGUCAGCGAGGGCUACAGCGUUGCCUGUUGGGCUGGGUGGCUCCUUCCCGAGCUCUGCGUACGUAGAGGCUCCAGACACGGGUAGUCCUGUAGAACUAGAGGCACUUGAUCCUUCAGCGGUGAACAUCCGGCGGAGAAAGUCUUUACCGAUGUCGCACUGAGUUUUGAACGACAGAUAACAGUAUUCCCUGUUCUUGUAACGCGGAUCGAACAGCGUCGCAGCGUAGCAGACUGGUGGCAGCAUUCCGAACUGAUCACGUAGUUUCCUCGCCAGCGUUUCGAAGAAGCGUUUCCACAUGGGUGGCUCCAGGUGGGCAGGUAUGGUCUCCGCUGCCGACUGCGCUUGCUUCUCUGCAUACGUUACCAACGCCGCAGCGAUCGUUGAAAUGCUAGAGAUGCCGUUCUUGUUCACUUCUCUGUCGCUACCAGUUUUCUUGUUCUUUUCUCCCUCGAGCGCUUCUGAGUAUCGGGCAAAUGGCCGCAACUUCUUCACUAGCAGUCCAAUGAACUCCACAGUAGUUUCAGGCAAGUGCUCCACCAGAUUCGCAUUGGCGAUCUGCUCUAGUAUGGGCAGGUGGUCCACGAAGUCCCGUAGGAACUCAUAGUAAGACGCUGAUACGUGUAGGGAUUCCUCCAAAUGGAAUAGCGGGCACUUCUGGCUAAGCGUAAACAUCGCAUCCUCGUUAUCUGCGAAUUUAGUCACGAAAUCCUCAACCUGAUUCACCACAUCCGGGAACGACUUGGUGAAAAUAUCGAGCGUCAAGCAGACACGCAGAUGUUGCACUGCAGACGUGAGAAGGAGCGUGUUCUGCGCUGCAUCGGGCGACGCAAUGCGACCGUCGAAGUUAACGGGGACAAACAGCGACGGGAGAUCGGAAGCCGUGAGGUUAGCCUUGGCAGGGAGCUCAUCCUUGAUACAGGAGAUGAUCUUGUCCUUGAUACCCAGACGCUCCAGGUACGAGUCGAUGAUGGCUUUAACUGUGUCUAGUCCAGGCGAUUCUUCCAGUGCUGCGACGCCCACUGCAAUGUCGAAGAGUUUAAAAUUCACACUGAAGUGAAUUUUCACAGCUAGAUACUGCGUCGGCCUCGGUCUAGUAGGAGAAGGGUAUUGCCACAGCUCCAGCGACACAGCGACGCUCUUAGCUCUCGCUAGUACCAUCUUGGUGGUCAGGAAUAC